AUGCUGCAGGACGAUCGCCAGGCAAGAAGGAUCAAGUCAAAAUACGGCCAGUAUCGCACUGGAUGUAGUCGCAAACGUAGCAGAGGCCUCGGAUAUCCUCGCUCCUCUCAAGCAGCCUGCAGAGCAACAAAGUCAAUCAUCGACGUCAAGCAGGCCAUCGACGAUAAUCAAGGAGACUGGAGUGACCUUGUACGCCGUCUGGAGGAAUACAUGUGGGCUAUUGAGAACCAAAUCGACUCGCUCGAGAAGUAUCCUCCACAGGAUAGGGUUGUCGACGAGGCUUUUAGCCAGCCACUCGUUCGUUAUGUCGAAGUUCUCGAGGAUAUUCAUUGCGCUAUCGUCAAUGAUAGGCAUACGCGACCCCGCACCAGCCACGGUGCUUUUACGGCCAUCGGAAAAGUAAAGGUCGACGCAGGGCUCAUUCGUAAAUUCAAUCGCGAUAUCGAGGACCGGCAUAGGCAGUUCAUGGAAGCGUUGGCCCUCUUCACGGGCUACCGAGUUCAUGCUAUCGAACACAAGGUAGAAGCAGUCUCCUCAGACGUCGACGCAUCCUUUAUCCAACUCCCGAUGGUGGCAUCGCCCCAUCCUCGGUCCACAGAACCUGUCUACAAGGAACGCGUCAGGCUGUCCUUCAGACAAUCCAGAAUUGGGCUGAGGAUGAUACCUCAGACAAACCAAUAUUCUGGCUCUGCGACAUAG